UUUGGUUUCCAUGGUGACAUCUAGAUUUAACGAUAUGCGGAAACUCUAAUAUGCUAACGAAGUGGAAAUUUAAAGAGUAAAAGUUAUAAAGCUAAUGUAAAACAGCUAACAUCAGCUAUUCAUGCGAUGGAGGAGAGAAAGGAAAGAAAUGACCAGACGCAGCAGAGUUUAUUUCCCACUGCGGUGUCAGAGGAGGAGCUGGAUGAAGCCAGAAGAAAAAGCACCUUGAAGCAGCUUUUUGGCUCCAGUGAAAUCUUUGAGGCACCAGCAGAGGAACGCCGUCAAAGAGCAGACCUGCAGGGGAGCCUCAUCAUUCAGAGAAAGGCUGCAGAGCAUUACACAAAUGGAAAAGAGGCGAUGGAGAAGUUCCAGUUUGAGAAAGCUGUGAUCUGCUUCUCUAAAGCCAUCACACUGCAGCCAGAACAGACUCAGCUGUAUGUGAGUCAGGGGGAGGCCUACCUGCAGCUGUGUGACUUCCAGUCAGCAGCAACCUGUUAUAAAAAGGCCUGGAUCCUGGAGCCCGGAUCCUUCAGAGACCGGCUGGCCUUCAUCUACUAUCUCCAGGGUCAGUGUUUGUUUGACCGAGGUCUUUUCCUAGACGCUCUGGAGGCCUUCCAGAAAGCUGCUGAGGUGAAGCCCGGCUGCAGGGCUCACGCAGUCAGGAGCCUGGCCUGUCUGACAGCUGCAGGUCACCACACUGACUGUCUGCAGCUGGUGAACGACUGGAUGGAGUCAGAUGGUCCGACCUCUGACCUUUACAUCCUCAGAGCCCGACUGCACAAACAGCUCCACCAGACGUCACAAUGUUAUCAAGACGUGAAGUCGGCGUUGGCGUUGAACCCGACGUGUCUGGAGGCCGGAGCGCUGCUGCUGCAGCUGCAGCAGGCCAGUGAACAGGCCAGACAAAAGGCCGUGGACAGAGCUUUGACUGGCCAGCUGCCUGAAGCCCUCUGCAUGAUCAACAUCGCUCUGGAGAACUGCCCACAGGACAGACGGCUCUACCUGUUCAGAGGGAUUCUGUACCGACGUCUGAAAGACUUCACAGCCGCCAUCGAGGACCUGGUCCAGGCUGUGGAGCUGAGCGAGGAGGAGGAGGGGGAGGAGAGUGGGGUCACAGGUCGAGCAGAGGCCAGAGACAAGAAGGACGAGUGUGUCUCUUUUGAGAAGGAGGUGGAGUUUCAGCUGGUGCUCACCUACAAUGACUUUGCUGUUCAGUGCUUCAGUAGUGGCCUGUACGCUGAGGCAACCCUGCUCCUCAACAAGGCCAUCGAGGAGGAGAAGAGCCAGGCAGGCCUCUACCUGAACCGAGGAGACUGUUUCUUUAAGCAGGGUGAGUGGUGUUAUGCUCUGGCUGAUUACCAGCAGGCUGAGGAGAUGAUGCGACCUGAUGACCCUGCUGUCCGGCUGCGCCUCGCUGUCCUCCACAACACUCUGGGCUCGCUCUGCUUCCAGGACGGCCGUUUCCAGGAGGCAGCUGACAUGUUUUCUCUGGCCGUCCAGUACAACCCCACAGCCGGCCGGUACUACGAGAACAGAUCGAAGGCCUUCCGAAAGCUGCUAAACUUCGAGGGAGCCAGGCAGGACUUCAUCUGCAUGCUGAUCCUGGAUCCCACCAACGAGGAGCUGCCUCCCAUGCUGAUGAAUCUGUUCCCUGGCUGCAGCGUGUCUGAUGUUUUGUCCAGUCCAACAGGACAGGACAUCAGAGUCCAGCUGAUGGACAUCAUCCAGGCCUACAGCUCCUUCUCUGAGCAACAAAGACUGAGUGAGAAGCUUGAAAAGAUGACGCUGACCAGUGAGAACACAGCGAGCCAAUCAGAGGACCCGUGUGAAACAGAAAAGGAGCUGAAGCUGUGUGUAAACCAACAGGAGGUGGAGAUAAAUGUGAAGAGCCUUCUGCAGGUGAAGGAAGCAGCUCUGUGAUCAUCCAUCUGAGCACCACCUCACCACCCACCACCGCCCACACACUGGAACAGGACCAGUCCACCUUUAGACACAAAGGGAGGCCGUUCUACUACAAACGACCUGGGGUGUUUGGAGUCCACAGCUCAGCAGUGAUGGUGGGAUUACUCUGAGUUUAUUUGAAAUGUUUUAUCUGAUUGUGAGUGCUGAGUUUUUUUAUGUUCAUUUCUCUUUGUUUUGAUUUUAAAAUGAUCCCAGUGUGUGUUUGAUGAAAUCACUUCUAACAAUAGCUUUCAUACUGUGGAUACAGCAACACACUUAUGGUCAAACUUGUGAUUUUAAGUUUAAAUUCAGCUGUUGCAACGCUCUUCUAACAGUGUGGUAUUAUCCUUUAAUGAGGAUGCUGUUAUGUGCUGUGGUCCAAUAGAUGGCAGCAGAGGCACAAUUUUACCACAGCAGCAUCACUGCUGUGUUUGACUGGUAACAGCUUGUCUUCUGUCAGAUCUAAAUGUGUACUGUUCAACUGAAGCUCUUUCUUUUUGUCUUUAUCUCUUGAUGUUUUUCUGUGUCUUUAUGUCACUGCUUUUCUCUUGAGUUAUAAAACCAUAUGUACAUGUUCAUAAACAUAAUAAUGA